AUGCUUGACCCUCAUGCCCCGGACCCCGAAAUUAUCCAAACAUCUAACAACACUUCGAGUGAGCGCGUAGUAACGCCGAAGUUUGUGGACAGUGACGAUCAGAAAGAAGUACACUCCGCGACCCCUAUUAAAGCCCAUGCAACGAUAAAAUCCAGCUGCUCAAAUUAUGAAUUCUACACGAACCUCAAUGCCUCUGAAAUGCCGGGGUCUGCAACGGGCCCACAAACUCCCGCAGAGGAGUCUGCUGGUAAAGAACCACAAAAGAAGAGAAGAUAUAAAAUGUCAAAGAGAUUCGAGGGCAUUUCGCCGCCAAGGAACAUGACACGUCCCAAUAUGUGCAGUAAAGAUGAAAAGGACUUUCCUGUGAAUAAAAUAGCCGAAAGCAUGGAGGCUCCUCCUAGUUUUGUCUAUGUGACUACGCAGGCGGGGAUGAAUUUCCGGCUUAAUUUCGUGGCGACCAAUGUCACUUUCGAACCAUUGUUCAUCUGUCCUAGAAAGAGGCGACCUAAGGCAAACGAAAAGGAUAUUCAGGUGAUUGCCCAUGAAACGGUUGUAGAACAAUAUGAUACAGCUAGUGACAGACUAUUUAUUACGCGGCCUAAAUUCAUUGUCGAACCUAACCAGGACGAACCAGAUAAGGUGGUAUUACCGCCGCUUCGCGUUUAUACGACAAAUCAACUGCGUCAUAAUCCAGAAUCGAUCAGCCGACCUCAACGGAGUGCAACGAUUGGGUUUAUUUAUGUGCGGUUUGAGGGAAUUUUGAUGAAAAUUCGCGUGAAACCCCUGCCUAUCACAAAAGUUAAAAUGCCUGUAACCGAUGAUGUCAAAGCAACAAUGGAGAGGCUACGCAUGCCUUCAUCAGAUGCUGGCAAAAAUCGGGCCCAGCUCUUAGUCCGCUACAAUAAUGACGUACUGAAGAUAUCCUUUGGUCUUUCGGAGUGCUCACUUUCGAGGUUACCAGAACGAAAGUCACUAGCGAUACAAACAGAGUCCAAGGUCGUCCUUCGCUCUGAAUACUGUCCGGUAGCCCAAAAGCAGGUAUAUAUUCCGAUACCCGAAACCACCUACUACUACAAAGAUCCGAUGAUUGAUAUUCGACGUCUUAACGACCACUUUGCAAGGAUGAAAAUCCAUCCACUUUGGAAGCAUGAAAUGUUCCACAAACGCGUUUCUGCAAUGCGCGGCAGUGGUAUCAUUGAACAAAUGGUGGAAAAGGUACUGAAGAGAAGCCGCGGCUCUAUGUUGGUAUUUGAAGGUUUUAAUGCUGUUGCAACAGCCAUGGGAGGGCUUCUUUGCGCACGCGUCUCGGACGGCCAACACCUGUACGAAUCGAAAAUGCACACCUACUUAGGUGACCUCGAGCAAGAACCCCAGCCGAAGGAAGUGAAUGUUUCCUCUAGCGCCGAACUUCAAAUUAAGGUAACUAUCAUGCUUUUAUAA